CAGCAGAGCUGCAACUUGCCAAAACGCCGAGUUCAGCAGAGCCUUCUAUUUAGAGGGCGAAAAUGCGCAUGAGUGAAGGCGUAUUGGAAUUGGGAAUUGGGAAGGGCGGAGCGGCAGCCGCUCGCGGGUGAGGCGCAUGCGUGGUGCGCAGCUUGUCUGUGGCAGGCGCUGAAAUUCAAAUCUGACGAGCGGUUAUCAUUUGGGACGCGUGAGUGAAGCACUUGGUUGCAGAGGGAGCGAGCGGGUACGCUGGCGGCGGGGGAUACUUGAAAGGAUGGAUCCUUUCACCGAGAAACUGUUAGAACGAACUCGUGCCAGGAGGGAGAAUUUACAGAAGAAGAUGGCUGGGCGUCCCGUAGCUGGAGUACGGAGUACAGCUCAAACAAAAAGGAAUAGAGAACCUUUAUCAGAAGCUGGUAACCAGCCACUUCAGCCUAAUGAAGAAGCAAAAGCAAGUACAAAGCCAUCACCAUCCAAAAGACGUUGUUCAGACAAUGCAGAAAUUCCAGUUUCUAAUUCAGAGAAUAUGCAUCCAAUUAAUUUGUCCUCCACAAGCCCAGUUCUUCCUGAAAUGACUCCUACCUCUCAGCUUGUCGCCCCAUCCUCAGAGACUGAAGAACACAACUCUACAUCUGAGUUGGUUUCUGUUAGUUCAGUUAAAACACGUAUGCAGAAGUUGGCUGAACAGCGACGCUGCUGGGAUAAUGAUUUGCCUGAAAGCACUUCCAUAACUCCUAUCCUGUCAAAAGAAUGUGUUAUUUCCCCACCCAAACAACUUCCUGCUACAGCUGAUACCCCAAUAGGGAGAAGAGGCCGUCUAGCUAACCUUGCUGCUACAAUUGGCUCCUGGGAGAAUGACCUAAGCCAUCCAUCUGCAAAGCAAAACAAUACACAAGAACAGCCUGGUACUACUUGUUUUUCCAAAUUGUCCACUACAAGUGGAGCAUCUGCUAGAAUCAAUAGUGGCAGUGUGAAGCAGGAUGCUACAUCCUGUUCACAAAGGGCUGUGAAUAAGUCGGCAAUCUCUGGGAUAUUGGAAGGAACUAAUAGUUCUAUAACAAAAGCUUCAGGAAUUACUAAUAGCCAUUCUAAAGAAAUUGAGGUACCAAAGCUACGGGAAAAGGGCAGUCUUAACCUAACACCAAAACCUCAAGAAAUUCCUGCCAAAGAAGAGCAAACACAAGGAACACAUGUACAAGUUGACUACAAAGAUAAACCCAUCACACCAGGAGGUUCAAGCAUUAAGCCUUUUCUGGAGCGUUUUGGAGAGCGUUGCCAGGAGUACACUACACCAAGUCCUGCUAUUGUGGGAGGGUACAGAACUCCGGUUAUCACUCCAAACACAAAGACAAUCCAAGAAAGACUUUUUAGGCAUAAUGAAGCAUCUUCAGCUUCCAGUUUAGCCCAGCAGCUCAAACAAGAACGGGAACGAGAACUUGCAUGUAUUCGAGGUCGCUUUGACAGGAGUAAUUUGUGGAGUGCUGAAAAAGGAGAGGAGCCCAAGAAAAAGCCUCCAGAGAUAAAACCAGAGAAUCAGACACGUGCUGAUCUAAAGCACUUCCCAAGUACAGAUGCCAGUUCCCAGUUAGUAGAAAAAAAGUUCACAACACUUGAGAGAGUAGCAGAAAGCACAUACUCAGGUUCUUCAGAAAAUGAAAAAGCAGAAGAACUCAGUCCUCUGAAAGUUUGUUCACCAAAGACUCCUGUAAAAACAGCAUCUAACUCAAAACUUGAGCAACUUCCUGACAAACAGAACGGUGAAGAAGAAGAAAGUGAAGUAAAUGAUGAGAUGAAUAGUGCAAAGGUAAUAAGUGACAUCUUUGAUGAAGUCCUUCAUGAAGAUGGGUCUGACAUAGAAAAACUUAAAAAAGAAAUGAGUAUAACUUUAGAAGAUGAAAGUGAUGAUGAACAGGAAGAGACACUGAAUAUUUCAUCAAUGUCCCUCUUAACACCUUUAACAGAGGCUGUUGCUGUUGCAAGUCCAGAGAUUUUUGCUUCCCCUAGUAAAUCAAUUGCUGAGGGAAGUACUGCAAGUGAUGAGAGUCCAAAGUCCAUCAGAUUCCAGAGAAUGUCUGUCUGCAGAACUGAAUCUGGAAGCAGCAUUGGGUCUUUAUCAGAGGAACGUAACCUUUAUAGUAUUGAUGCCUAUCGAUCCCAGAGAUUUAAAGAAAUUGAUCGUCCAUCAAUAAAACAAGUAAUUGUUCGUAAAGAAGAUGUAUCUUCCAGGCUUGAGGAGAAGAGAAAUGGAAAUGAUCAAAUUAACAUUAAACACAAGUUACAGGAGCUGAAUAAUGAAAUUAAUAUGCAACAAACUGUCAUACAUCAAACAAGCCAGGCUCUUAAUUGCUGUAUUGAUGAGGACCAUGGGAGAGGAUCACAAGAAGAAGCAGAAGCUGAGAGACUACUACUUAUUGCAACUGAAAAAAGAGCAGCACUGUUGGAAGAGCUAAACAAGCUUAAAAAUAAAGGUCCUCAGAGUAAGAAGAUAAAAGCUGAUUCUACACUUUCUAGAGUUUCUCCAUCCAAAGGAUCUGUCACUCUGUCAGAAAUGCGACUACCUUUAAAAGCAGAUUUUGUAUGCAGUACUAUCCAGAAAGCAGAAACAGCAAACUACUACUAUGUAAUCAUGCUAAAAUCAGGUGCAGAAAAUAUGGUUGCAACACCUUUAGCAAGUACUGCUAAUUCUCUGAGUGGAGAUGCCCUUUCUUUUACAACAACAUUUACACUGCAAAAUGUGUCCAGUGACUUUGAGAUUAACAUUGAAGUGUAUAGCUUGGUACAGAAAAAAGAGUCCACAAGUGUUGAUAAGAAGAAAAAAUCAACUAAGUCAAAGGCUAUUACUCCAAAGAGAUUACUGACAUCUAUUACUACUAAAACUAAUCUUCUUGCACCAGCUAUGUCCAGUCCAGGUGGACCUAAUUCUGUGCGCACCAGUAACUUUGUUCUUGUUGGUUCACAUACAAUUUCACUGUCUUCAGUUGGGAGUACCAGAUUUCUUCUGGACAAGAUAAGUUAUGGAAUUAAGGAAAGAGAGCUACUGGGUUAUUUGUUCCAGGAUAAGGUUCCUUUCUUAUCUCCUCUGGAAGGCCAUAUACAUCUAAAGAUUAAAUGUCAAGUAAAUUCUUGUGUAGAAGAGAGAGGUUUUUUGACUAUGUUUGAAGAUGUUAGUGGGUUUGGAGCUUGGCAUCGACGCUGGUGUGCUCUUUCUGGAAAUUGUAUCUCUUUUUGGACUUACCCAGAUGAUGAAAAGAAAAAGCAUCCACUGGGCUCCAUAAACUUGGCAAACUGCACUAAUCGUCAGAUUGAACCAGCCAACAGAGAAUUCUGUGCUCGUCCCAAUACUUUUGAGCUAAUUACUGUUCGACCCCAGAGAGAAGAUGAUAAGGAAACACUUGUUAGCCAAUGCAGAGACACACUCUGUGUUACCAAGAACUGGUUAUCAGCUGAUACUAAAGAUGAGCGUAAUCUUUGGAUGCAGAAGCUAAAUCAAGUGCUUGUCGACCUUCGCAUGUGGCAACCUGAUGCUUGCUAUGUCCCUAUUGGAAAACCUUGAAUUAUAUUUUCUCCUUAAAGCUUGCUUUAAAGGCUAGAUGCAAACAAUGUUAUUCUUUUAAUGACAGUUUUGUAUAAAAGUUCUUUGGGAUUAUUCAUUAUACUUUAUGCUUUAAAAUUUGGAAAAAGGUAUGUUAUUCUGGACUACUUGCUACAUACAAAGCUCUAAUUCCUCUAGUAUUGGUAUUUAAUGCAUCAGAGCUUGGCUUAUUUUAAGAUCUGAAGAUAUAUAGCAUGCAGGGGAAUAAAACUAUCAAGGACACCCCCGUUUUUUUUUAACUAAACAAGAAUUCUUCAAAAUUGUUCACUUUUAGUAAGAAGAUGAUCUAUCUAUACAUGCAUUUUUACAACCUAACUAGUUUUUUAAAAGAACAAAAAAUCCUGAAGGAUAAUGUUCACUAUAUAAGUCACAUAUAGGAAGUGUCUAUCUGGAAUAGAACUGCAUAGAAUUGUCAAAGAUCUGAGUAGACAAAAUGAGAUUAAAAAGAAAAAGUGCAUUUUUGUACAUAAUAUGGUUUACAGGUAUGAUCAUUUAUGCAGUUAUGUUGCACAUGUUCCCAGCAAACAAGCAUCCAGUGUUUUCUUAAAGCUGCUAUUUUUUUUAAAAAAAACUUUGUCUUUCUGAUCUACCCAUUUUCAUAUUCUUUUCAUCAUUCUUCUAUUUCAUUGAUCGUCAAACAAUAGGAUACAAUGUGGAUAUACUCAGGCUUUUUACAAUUGAAGUAUGUUAAGUAAUACUUAGAAAGAACCAUGGAUUUUUUUUUUUAAAUAAGUGAUCUGUAAGCAAAACUAAUUUAAGCUGAAUGGUGCAAUAUCAAGGCUGCUCAGUUAAAUAGCAGAUACGCAGCUUCCACAAAUGUUUUCUACUGGUAUCACAAUGUGCUCUGAAAAAUUAAUAGAGGUGCACUUCCUUUACCUGAAGUAGCUUUAAAUAAACACUAAUACUUUAUCAACUGUCCCCAUCCUCUUUCCAUAAUUCUGUAUAUUUUUCUUAGUAUUUUUUUUUCUGAUAUUCUUAAACUAUGCAGAAGACUUCAGCAUGAAUAAAAAUGUCUAUCAAAAGAAC